AUGCAAAAGAAAUUGUAUUUAGCAUUGUCAUUGGCAAUCUUUUGUUGCUGGACUGAAUCAUCGCCGGUCAAUUUAGGAACGUUAGAAUUCGACAAUCUAGACACUGGUCUUUCCAAUUUAAAAUACGAAGUUGAAGAAGAAGACUUAGAUGACUUCUCGAAACUUCUAGAUGAAGCUGACAAUUCUAAAAAUGUAAAUGAUAAAUCUAAAAGUAACGUUAAAACCAAUGGUUUUAAAAAGAAAAAUACCGCCAAUAUAGGAGUGAAAGGUAAUCAUAACGUUCAGGAUUUAAAGAAGUUUUAUAAAGCUGCCAGAGCGCAUGAUGAAGGAGACUACGAUGACGAUGAUGUGUAUGCCAUAGCUGAAGCACUAGCUGGAGAAUCUAUUGGAGUAAAAGGAAAUGAAAAUAGGAAAUAUAGGAAGGGCACUAAAACACGUGGCUUCCAUCGAGUUCAUCACAAAGAUGAAUAUAAGAAAGAUAAAGAAUUUUACGAAGACGACGAAACAAAUGGUACAAUUAAAAAAGUUGGUGGAAAAGCUAUAGGGUACAAAAUUGGAACUGGUGCAGGGCUUCAUAAAGGGCACUUCCAUCACGAUCGUCGGAAGGGGAUAUAUGGCAAGAAAGGAUAUGCUGAUAAAGGAUUCUUUGAUAAAGAGUUCAGCGGUUUUUCUGAUUCUCAAGGAUUUGAGGGAUCCUUUAACAAUGAAAGUUAA